AUGGCUGGCCAAAAAUUCCCUACUGAUGUUAAACCAAAAUACGUCCCAUACGACAACGAACACUCGGAUGUUUUGAAAGCUGGAGCUCCAAAACCACUUGACUUGGCAGAGGAGUUCAAAGAUGGGACUGUUGUCAUCACUGCUAUCCCUGGAGCUUUCACCCCAACAUGUUCCCUCAAACACAUUCCUGAUUACAUUAAAAACGCCGAUAAAUUGAAGAGUAAGGGGGUCAAGAGAGUUAUUGUAUUAUCCGUCAAUGAUCCAUUUGUGUUGUCUGCAUUUGGUAAAGCAGUUGGUUACAAGAAUGAAGAUAACUAUGUUGUGUUCGCCACUGACCCGGAAGGUAAGAUAUCCAGCCAAUUGGGUGAAGACUAUGUCUUGGAUUUGAGCAAUGCUGGUUUGGGCAAGAGAUUACAAAGAUAUGCUGUUAUCGUCAAGGAUGGUGAAGUCGUUUACUUGGCCAACGAAGACGAUGGUGAUUUCACUGAUAUUUCCAGUGUUGAUACUUUGCUUAAAAAGUUGUAG